AUGUCUAUUUCCAACCUCCAAGACAAAGUCGCGAUAGUGACCGGCUGCAGCUCCGGUAUCGGCCUAGCAACAACACGUCUCUUCCUCGAACGAGGCGCCUCAGUCUUUGGAAUUGACAUCGGCGAGCAGCCGCAGAAGCUCGCUGAAGACUACUCAACAUUUACCUUCUACAAGACUGAUCUUACCGAAUCUCAAGCUGCUGAGCAUGCGGUAGCAAAGUGCGUCGGAAAGCACAACCGCAUCGAUGUAUUAGUCAAUUGCGCUGGCGUAAGCGAUGGCUGGAGUAGUGCGGACACCAUUCAUGAGGAGGAGUGGGAAAGGGUCAUGUCUAUCAAUUUGACCGUACCUAUUCGCAUGAUGAAGGCUGUACUGCCGGCGAUGAAAGAGCAGAAGGGUGGUGCUAUUGUCAACGUGGGUAGCAAAGCGGGGACUUCGGGCGCGAGUGCUGGUAUUGCAUAUACUGCGAGCAAACACGGACUGGUCGGUGCCACAAAGAAUGUGGCCUGGCGAUUUCACAAAGAAGGCAUUCGGUGCAAUGGUGUAUUGCCCGGCGGCGUUGCAACCAACAUUGCAUCAUCGGUGCAGAUGGAGCACUUUGAUUCUGCCGGCUUCAAUGCGUUCUUUCCCAUCGUGCAAAUGCAUGUAUCGAAAGACAGCGAGGGUACGCCAGUUCCGUAUAUUGGAGUCGAUAACGUGGCGCGUGGCAUCGCUUUUCUUGCUUCAGAGGAGUCAACGAUGAUCAAUGGCGCGAUGAUACCGAUUGAUAACGCGUGGUCCACCAUAUAG